AUGGGUCACAUCAAGGCACUCCAGGCCAAGAACCUCCGGAGUAUCAGCGACAUUGCAGAGGCACCCAUCGCUACAAUUGAAGAAGCCAUUAAUGAUGCGAAGCUCGCAAAGAGCCUCCACACGGCCUGCAAAGGCCAUGGAAAGAAGUCAACUAAGCGUGCUGCUGAGGAUGCGGCGUCAACGACGGCGAAGAAGAUCAAACUGGAACCUCACAAACGCGAUCUGGACUACAGUUCCAUGGCGCCAGAGGAGCUCGAGGGGGCGCUGAGCCUGCCGCUUGUGGAAGACGAAGACGCAAUCCGCCAAACGACUUUAGUCACGAACAGGGCGCCGCUCGUUCUUGCUUUUGCUGUCGAACUACUCCGCUGUACCAUGCCGGAACAGCCACCAAGCAGCCGACUCAGCUUGGCCCAGGCAGUGGUCAGCGCAAACUCCAGAGCCAAGGCCGUCAGCCUGGGCAUUGAGAAGGCUCCAGCUGGAGGCGAGAUGACAGUUCCUGAAGGUCAACCCAAAGUCCGAGUGCUGGGACGGGAUGUACCGGUUCUCAAGCGAGGUGGAUACACGUGGACAUCCGACGAUACGAAAGCCCAGCCAUCAACACAGAGUUCCACCAGCACUGGUACUGUUGCAACAUCACAGGAGCCAAGGCCGAAGACCUGGACAGCAAGUCAAAAGCUGUCAUCGAAAGGGUCCGUGUUCGUGGCGCAUGCGGCCAAAUUGUCGUCGCCGACGCAGCGGGCAAGCAUGAUGAAGGCUCUCAUGACAGAAAAGCCGGACCUGGAGACGGCGACGCACAAUGCGUGGGCUGUGCGGUCGAGCUAUGGCAACUCGCCUCUGGUUCAAGAAGCAUCGUUCGAUGACGGCGAGUCAGGCUGCGGAAAGUUCCUGCUUGGAAUCAUGCGGGAAAUUGACAUAAAGAACGUCGUCGUCGUUCUCACGCGAUGGUACGGCGGAGUGAUGCUUGGCCCGGACAGGUGGCGACUGAUGAGGGAGUGUGUCAACGACUCCCUGUCGAUGCAAAGGCGCACAUCCUCGCUUUCGGGCGAGGCUGUUUGGGCGCUCGACCCCCAGGACGACAAGCCUACGGCGUCGACCGUUGGAAUGGCUAUCCACCGACCAGAGGGGGCCCGAAACUACUUGCUUCGGAGCUUCGCAACCGCUCACGAAGACGGCACGAGCGAGGGAAAGAAGACGGCCGCGGCGAUGAAUGAGGAGAAGCAGGAGAACCUUGGGCGGCUUCUAGGCGCGCUUAGGAUACUGUUCACGAGCUGGGACGCCGUACUGAGUAGGGAAGAGCUGGACAGACGGGCUUGGAGCUGGCGCGUCUUCCCCGCGUCUAAAGUUGUUGACCACCUUCGCCGGGGCGACCAGCUCUCGACCAUCGACUCCGUCCUCCCCCUCCUCGCACACCGCCGCCCCUUCGAACGACCGCCGACGCCAACGCCGAUCAGCAGCCUGCGGCAUCGAGGCACGUCCAUUGCGCAUUCGGCCGACGACAAAAACCCUUCUGCGCCUGCGUUCCAAUACGACGAGCGAGCGACCGCCUCCCACACCGCCAUCAUGGAGAACUACCAGAAGCUGGAAAAGGUCGGCGAAGGCACGUACGGUGUCGUCUACAAGGCUCGAGACCUUGCCAACGGAGGGUGCAUUGUGGCGCUCAAGAAGAUCCGACUCGAAGCGGAGGACGAGGGUGUUCCCAGCACGGCCAUCCGCGAAAUCUCGCUCCUCAAGGAGAUGAAGGACAAGAACAUUGUCCGGCUCCUGAACAUUGUCCACGCCGACGGCCACAAACUCUACCUCGUUUUCGAGUUCCUCGACCUCGACCUGAAGAAAUACAUGGAGGCCCUGCCGGUCAGCGAUGGAGGUCGCGGUAAAGCUCUCCCCGAGGGUGCAUCGAUCAAGGUGUCGCAGUUGGGCAUGAGCGAUCAGGUUGUGCAAAAGUUCAUGAUGCAGCUUUGCGAGGGAAUCAAGUACUGCCACUCACAUAGAGUGCUGCACCGCGACCUGAAGCCCCAGAACCUGUUGAUCGACAAGGACGGCAACCUGAAGCUGGCCGACUUCGGUCUGGCACGCGCCUUUGGCGUCCCAUUGCGCACGUAUACGCACGAGGUUGUCACAUUGUGGUACCGGGCUCCCGAGAUUCUCCUAGGCGGACGUCAGUAUUCCACCGGAGUGGACAUGUGGUCUGUGGGAUGCAUCUUUGCCGAGAUGUGCACGCGGAAGCCUCUGUUCCCCGGUGACUCAGAGAUUGAUGAGAUCUUCAAGAUUUUCCGUAUUCUGGGAACGCCAUCAGAGGACCUUUGGCCGGGCGUCACCUCGUAUCCCGACUUCAAGUCUUCGUUUCCCAAGUGGCAGAGAGACUACUCCAACCCCAUCUGCCACAAUCUUGACGACAAGGGCCUCGACUUGCUGGAGAUGAUGUUGGUCUACGAUCCCGCCGGUCGUAUAUCGGCCAAGCAAGCGUGCAAUCACCCUUACUUUGAGGAAUUUAUUGCCCAGAAACAGGCCAGCGUGGGCGGCGCGAAUGGCUACUACAAUUAA